AGUCACAUGGGUUCUCCCGGUUCCGGCGCGGUUGAGGCCGCGAGUGGUGAACGAGUCUCUGGCACCAUGUCUGGUGUGUCUGGCCUACUAGCCCAGCGUGGCCCUUGCCCGUUGGCGUUGUUGCUUUUGCUCUUGCUCGGCCCCAGCUCGGUCCUCGCCAUCUCCUUCAAUCUGCCCCUUAAUUCCCGCAAGUGCCUCCGCGAGGAGAUCCACAAGGACCUGCUGGUGACCGGCGCGUACGAGGUCACCGACCAGUCGGGGGGCGCUGGCGGCCUGCGCACCCACCUCAAGAUCACAGAUUCUGCUGGCCAUAUUCUUUACUCCAAGGAGGAUGCAACCAAGGGGAAAUUUGCCUUUACCACUGAAGAUUAUGACAUGUUUGAAGUGUGUUUUGAGAGCAAGGGAACAGGGCGGAUACCUGACCAACUCGUGAUACUAGACAUGAAGCAUGGAGUGGAGGCAAAAAAUUACGAGGAGAUUGCAAAAGUUGAGAAGCUGAAACCUUUAGAGGUGGAGCUGCGACGCCUAGAGGACCUUUCAGAAUCCAUUGUUAAUGAUUUUGCCUACAUGAAGAGACGGGAGGAGGAGAUGCGUGAUACCAAUGAGUCAACGAACACUCGAGUCCUGUAUUUCAGCAUCUUUUCAAUGUUCUGCCUCAUUGGACUAGCUACCUGGCAGGUCUUCUACCUUCGUCGAUUCUUCAAGGCCAAGAAGUUAAUUGAGUAAUGAGUCACAGUCCCCUCCCACCUUGUAUCUCACUCAGCAGAACAUCGCUGGAACGUGCCUGGCUUAAGGCAGCCUACCAACAACACCAUCAAGGCACGUUGGAGCUUUUCUUGCCAGAACUUAUCUCUUUCAGGGUGGGGGGCCAUGAGGUACCACCUAGACCCAACAAGCCAAUGAGGGACUUCUUUUUAACUUCGUAGAAUUUGGACUGGUUUUGCAACAAUAGGUGUAUUAUUAGGGUCACAUAUGAAAAAACUAGGGGUUACCUAGAUAAUGCCAAAGCCAGCAUUUGUCCUGGGUUUCCUCGUGCGAUCUGUUUGAACCAUGUUUUCCGAGAAUUAAAAUAUUUGUGCUCAACUGCUUGAACUUUUUUUCUUUCUGUGUAUGUGUAUUUAGUUCUGUGCAGUUUUAUCAUGUGUAUAGGUUUGUGUGACCACCACCACAAGAUAUAGAACAGCUCCAUCACACAGAUCUCUCGUGGUACCAUUUUAUAGCAACGGCCACAUCCCUUCUCCCUCUCUCCCAAGUCUGGCAACCACUAAUCUGUUCUCCGUCUCUGUAAUUUUGUCAUUUCAAGAAUGUUUUAUAAAUGGAAUCAUACGUAUGUAACCUUUUGAGAUUGGCUUUUUUCAUUCAGCAUAAUUCCCUUGAGAUCUAUCCAAGUUGUUGCAUGUAUCAAUAGUUCCUUUUUAUUGCUGAAUAGUACUCUAAGGUAUGGAUGUACCACAGGUUGUUUAACCAUGCUCCCAUCAAAGAACAUCUGGGUUGUUUUCUUUUUUGGGCCAUUAUGAAUAAAGCUGCUUUGAACAUUCAUGUGGAGUUUUUAUGUGAACAUAAUUUUUUUUUUCCUGAGAUAAAUGCCCAAGAGGGCAGUUUCUGGGUUGUAUGGUAAGCACAUGUUAAUUUUUUUUUUAAGAAACUGCCCCCUCUUUACCAGAGUGGCUAUACCAUUUUACAUUCCCACUAGCAUGUAUGAGUGAUCCAGUUUCUCUUCAUCCUUGCCAGCAUUUGGUAUUACUGUUUUUUAUUUUAGCCAUUCUACCAAAUGUGUCUAUCUAAUAUCUCACAGUUUUCAUUAGCAUUUCCUGAGUGGAUAAUGAUGUUGAACAGCUUUUCACGUGCUUAUUGGCCAUCUGUAUAUCCUCUUCAGUGAAGUGUCUGUUCAUGUCUUUUGCCUAUUUUCUAAUUGGAUUGUUUGUUCUUUUUAUUUUUGAGUUUUGAGGGCUCCUUAUGUAUCCUAGACACAAGUCCUUUGUUGAAUGUGGCUGUUUGAAUUUUUAACACAACUGCCAAGGGAAAAAUACUAAGUAAAACUUAACCAGGUCUUCAUGCGUGGCCAGUCACUGACUUAAUUUCUGUUCUUACAUGCUCUGUGUAGAGAAUUAGACAAAAGGUUCUAUGAAAUAAUCACUGUGGGACUAUGAGGUGACUAAGGUCAAUAUUAAUGUUAAGUAAAAGUGUGGAUACAAAUGACCAUAUUCAUAAACAUGUAUGAGAAAUACCAUCCCUUGAAAUUUUUCCCAUUUCUCCCAGGAAUGUGGGUAGAAGCUUAUUUUUUCUGUAAUCUCUUUUUAACUCUGCUGACUGUUACAAGGCUUGUCGAAUUGCUGUGGUAAGAAUUACAGGAUUUAGGGCCUUGCAACUUGCAGUUAAGCAGCAUGUUGGAAUUACCAGAGAACGCUGCUGUGGUGCCUUGUAUAAAAUACAGAGGUAGAAGAGAAGGUGAGUUAUGUUAAAAUCUCAGGCUGUUAAUGUUAAUGUUAAUGUUAAUGUUAAUGUUCCAGAUACUGUGAACGCAAAAGCCUUUUUUUUCUUCUUUCGACUCCCUGUGUAAAUUCCUCCUGUGGCUUAAAAUGGUUCUCAUUAACUUGUACAACAUUGCCAUCUGCUGUUAGGAAUUGAACGGUACUGCUUCUGAGAACCUGGCAGUAGAGUCCUUGCCUUGGGGCAGCAAGUGUUGAGGUUUAUCUGUAGUAUUGCAUAUACUAAAUGACAGAGGAUGCAGCCAAGUAGGAAAAAGAAUAAACAAAUUUGUGGGUUACAAUCCAUCCUUAGACAUUUAAGGUGAAAUUCUACUCUGUACCAUUAGCCUAACAAGAUAUUCUUUCCUAUUUGCUGACUGGUGCCUUUCCCCUUUUUAAGAGCAAUGAAGGUUACUUAGUUGGUUGUGGUCUGUUCUAACAAAAA